AUGGCCGGGCUCCUGCCGCUGCUGCUGCUCCUGCUGCCGGCGGGACCCGCCGGGGGCUCCAAGGACGAGUGUUUCUCCAAGCUCUUCACGGCCAGCGGGGAUUGCUGCCGGGCCUGCAACGUGGGCGAGGGCGUGGCGCAGCCCUGCGGGGUCAACCAGACGGUGUGCGAGCCCUGCCUGGACAGUGUCACCUUCUCGGACACGGUGAGCGCCACGGAGCCGUGCAAGCCGUGCACGCAGUGCGAGGGGCUGCAGAGCAUGUCCGCGCCCUGCGUCGAGUCGGACGACGCCGUUUGCCGCUGCACCUACGGAUACUUCCAGGACGAAUCCAGCGGGAGCUGCCGCGAGUGCCGCGUGUGCGAGGUGGGCUUCGGCCUCAUGUUCCCCUGCAAGGACUCGCAGGACACGGUGUGCGAGGAGUGUCCCGAGGGCACCUUCUCCAGCGAGGCCAACUUCGUGGAUCCCUGCCUGCCGUGCACCACGUGCGAGGAGAACGAGCUGCUGGUGCGGGAGUGCACGGCCGCGGCCGAUGCCGAGUGCCGGGGUCUCCACCCUCGCUGGACAACGCAGAGCCCGUCCCUGGGGGGCUCCGAGAGCCCCGAGCCGGCCAGCAGGGAGCCGCUGGGCACCGAGGGGGCGGCCACCACCGCGGCCAGCACGGCCACCACUGUCAUGGGCAGCUCACAGCCCGUGGUGACCCACGGCACCAGCGACAACCUCAUCCCCGUCUACUGCUCCAUCCUGGCCGCCGUGGUGGUGGGGCUGGUGGCCUACAUCGCCUUCAAGAGGUGGAACAGCUGCAAGCAGAACAAGCAGGGAGCCAACAACCGCCCGGUGAACCAGACACCGUCACCCGAGGGGGAGAAGCUGCACAGCGACAGCGGCAUCUCCGUGGACAGCCAGAGCCUGCAUGACCAGCAGCCCCCCGGGCAGGGCACCCAGGGGCCAGCCCCCAAGGCGGACAGCAGCCUGUACUCGGCGCUGCCGGCCAGCAAGCAGGAGGAGGUGGAGAAGCUGCUGGGCAGCUCGGCCGAGGACACGUGGCGGCAGCUGGCGGGCGAGCUGGGCUACAAGGAGGACCUGAUCGACUCCUUCACCCGCGAGGAGUCCCCGGCGCGGGCGCUGCUGGCUCACUGGGCCUGCCGCGAGUCGGCCACGCUGGACGCGCUGCUGGCCGCCCUGCGCCGGCUCCAGCGCGGGGACAUCGCCGACAGCCUGGCCAGCGAGUCCACGGCCACCUCCCCCGUCUGA